CAUGCUUUUCAUUAAUGUAUUUAAUGGAAUAAUCGGCUCAGCUUCCACUGCCGCAACAGUGCAUUCAUCUCCUGCACUGCAACACUGAAUUGAAUUAAUUUUCUUCCACGAUUGAGGUGGCAAGCUCUGUGAGAGAAUGAAGCGGAAGGAUGUGUGUGUCUAAAGUGUGGAAGAAGUGACACACUGAUUAUAGAGACAAAAAAAACAGAGUUUGUGUAUGGGAGUGACUAUGAAAAAAGAUGAUACCUCUAUGAGAGGAACAGAGUGUGAGGAAAAGAUAGGAAAUAAACAUUUAAGGCUGCGUGAGGGAGAAGAUGAGAGAGCAGGCGUGAGUAAGUGAGUAAGUGAGAGAGAGACGGAGAGAAGGGAAAAGGUAGGGGGGCUAGAAGCAAUGAACUAAAGCCUGCUUCAAACUGUUUGAGCUCAAGCUGAUGGAGAUGAGAGGUGCAGUACACGGCGCAGAUGCAGCAGAGCAGCACACAACCUCAUAGCAGUCUCUGAUGGACACUUCCAAACACCCAUGCUUUGAUUUCGAUAGCUUCAAAGCUAUCGAAUACCAAACCCAGACCACUGCGGCUAUGAAAAAAUGCCGAGGAUGGCUACUGAAGUGGUGUUUAAUGAAAGUGCAGCAUGUUUGGAAAUGAAUGGGCCAGCUCUUUCAUUUUCUCUCUCACGCUCUCAGGGGUGACGGUUUCCUCAGAGAAGCUGUGGUGGUUUGCAGAGAGUCCUACUGUGUUUCCUCUUGGGGGUCAUGUUGGACAUGCUCAGCCUCUCAAAGGCUUUCUCUCUUGGAUUUCAUUUCAUUUCUCCUUGAAAAAGCAUGACUGGAUAUAUACUAUCUCGACUGCACUGACGGACUACUCAGCUUCCAGACAUGGAAAAUUUAAUCACUGGUACAAGUCUCCAAGCAAAGCUUUGUGAGGUGUUUCACAGUCAAGGUGACAGCAUAGCUCUCAAUGGAAAAACCGUCAUGCCUUUAGGGGGCUCCAGACAUGAAGCCCAUGCUCCUCUGCCUUUUUGGCUGCUGGUGUGUCCAUGUGAAGGAUGUUCCACAGUGAGCUUUUAGGAUCUCUGGCAAUAACAGAGAGUUCGGAUCGGAGGAAGUGCAUCCGUAGUCACAUAAGGAUGGUAAUGGAACAGCUGGAAGAAGUCCUCAAUGAGCUGAAGGAUGUGGCUAGAGAGCUUAGAGAGGUAGUGGCUCAAAUUGACAAGCUGACAGCAUACAUUGAUUUGGACACUGAAGAGGAAGCAGAGGAUGACAAACUGACCCUGGCUUGCAGUAGAAACAGCAGCGAGAGAGCACUGGGGAACCUUUUCAAGGUCGAGACUUAUUCUGAUAGCAAUGGUCUAGCCCACUUAUUACACGUCCCUCUCUGCGACUCCGCUAAAAUAAAAGUACCUGCCCUGUACCGACGGAGCUGUGGAGACUUGCCUGCCCUAAAUGGACCCACAUGGCCAAAUGCUUCUUGGGUCUUUGGCAGAAGGGAGGAAAUGCAUUCAUGUGACAGUGUAGAGCAUCAUGCUCUAUGCUGUGAUGAUGAUGAUUUCGAUGAAGAAAGUGGUGGCAGGAGAUCCUCUAGAUUCUCUUCCAGUGACUCUGUGUUUUCAUCCUCUCCUCUGCGGCCUUUAAGGUUAGGGGCUUUGACACCCAGAUCAGACCGCAAAUAUCACCUGAGUCCGGGCUCGAAGAAAAAAGUUUUCCGUAGCUGCAGCACUCAAACAGUGUCCGAUAAGAGCACACAAACUGCAUUGCCCCACAGUCCUGCCAAGCAACGAUCUGCAUCUGAACAUAAGCACUAAAAACUUUCUCUACAUCCAACUGCUCGUAAGAAAUGAACUGUGCCAUGCAUGCUUAAUAUUGAUGUCACAUAGCAUAUCAUAAAUAACUGCACAUUGACUUGAGGACUUUAUUUUGUAUUUAUAAUGUAAUAGUUUUUUUUUUGUUGAAAGCACAAUAUUUAAAUUCCUAAACAAUACAGAUCUCCUGAAAAUGAACAUCAUUCCUUGGCUUAAUUAACAUCACACAUGAAUAAACUAGUUAAACUUAUUUGAAUAGGGGUGAACUUCUAAAGGAUAAAAAGAGAAUAAAUAGCACAUGUUGUUAUACUGUUAUGAAGCUCAAUCUGUACCCCAAUUACACAACCUUAAUAAAAAAAAAAAGAGAGACCAAACUGACAAAAUAUUUACUUUCAGAACAUUCAUUCAUGCUCAGUAACGGCCGUAUCCUGAUCAGGGUCAUGGUGGAUCCAGUCUCUCUCGGGAAGGUGGGGACACAGGGUACCAUGCGCACACACAUUCACACUCUCAAUCACACAGCAGCUAAUUCCCAUACCAGCCUGUUUUUAGGAGGUAGGAGGAAACCGGAAACACUCUACACAGACAGUAAUGCAAGUAACCCAAGCUCAGGAUCAAACGGAGAGCUGUGAGGUAGCAACACUACUUUCUGGGCCACUUUGCUAAAACAGCUACCAGGAAAUCAAUCAGUCGUAUUGUUCUUGUCUAUUACAAGCAUACCUAGUUUGUUGCAAGCAUAAUGGUAAAAAAAAAAUCCAGAAGUAGAAACAAAAGACAAAGUCAAUUAUUGUAUAGUAUGAAUACAAUUAUUUUGAAACGUGUAAGUCAGUGUUCCAUGAAAAUGAUACACCCUACAGUGUUUAUAUUUCUCACCACAGAUUCAGAAAAAAUGACCUGCAAUAAAAAGUGUUUGCUCAUCUU